AUGGCUGCCACGUUAUCUGACAAGGAACUUUAUGACUUAAACAAGAAAGCUCUUGUUGACAGUUUCAAAAUCAAGCCACGUGUGAACUAUAACACCGUUGGUGGUGUCAAUGGUCCAUUGGUCAUUUUGGAAAAUGUCAAGUUCCCAACUUACAAUGAAAUUGUCAACUUGACUUUACCAGACGGUACCAAGAGAGCCGGUCAAGUCUUGGAAGUUAGAGGGGAUAAGGCCAUUGUCCAAGUGUUUGAAGGGACUUCGGGCAUUGAUGUCAAGAAAACCACUGUCGAAUUCACCGGGCAAAACUUGAAGUUGGCGGUUUCUGAAGAUAUGUUGGGGAGAAUCUUUGAUGGGUCUGGUAGACCAAUCGACAAUGGUCCAAAAGUGUUUGCCGAAGAUUAUUUGGAUAUCAACGGGUCACCAAUCAACCCAUUUGCCAGAACAUAUCCUGAAGAAAUGAUCUCCACCGGGAUUUCUGCCAUCGAUACCAUGAAUUCCAUUGCCAGAGGUCAAAAGAUUCCAAUUUUCUCUGCUUCUGGGUUGCCACAUAACGAAAUUGCCGCGCAAAUAUGUAGACAAGCCGGGUUGGUGCGUCCUACCAAGGAUGUUCAUGAUGGUCACGAAGAAAAUUUCUCGAUUGUCUUUGGGGCCAUGGGGGUCAAUUUGGAAACCUCUAGAUUCUUCAAGCAAGAUUUCGAAGAAAAUGGGUCUUUGGAAAGAACCGCGCUUUUCCUCAAUUUGGCCAACGAUCCAACUAUUGAAAGAAUUAUCACCCCACGUUUGGCGUUGACUACUGCCGAAUACUUGGCGUACCAAACCGAACGUCACGUCUUGACCAUUUUGACCGAUAUGUCCUCUUAUGCCGACGCUUUAAGAGAAGUGUCUGCCGCCAGAGAAGAAGUCCCUGGUAGAAGAGGUUACCCAGGUUACAUGUAUACCGAUUUAUCGACAAUUUAUGAAAGAGCCGGGAGAGUCGAAGGGAGAAACGGUUCGAUCACCCAAGUGCCAAUCUUGACCAUGCCUAACGAUGAUAUCACCCAUCCAAUUCCUGAUUUGACCGGGUAUAUUACCGAGGGGCAAAUCUCUAUCGAUAGACAAUUGCACAACAAGGGGGUUUACCCACCAAUCAACGUUUUGCCAUCGUUGUCUCGUUUGAUGAAGAGUGCCAUUGGGGAAGGGAUGACCCGUAAGGAUCACGGUGAUGUUUCCAAUCAAUUGUACGCCAAGUACGCCAUUGGUAGAGACGCUGCCGCCAUGAAGGCCGUGGUUGGUGAAGAAGCUUUGUCGACCGAAGAUAAAUUGUCGUUGGAGUUCUUGGAGAAAUUCGAAAAGACCUUUAUUUCUCAAGGGGCUUACGAAAAUAGAACCGUGUUUGAAUCAUUGGACCAAGCUUGGUCUUUGUUGAGAAUCUAUCCAAAGGAAUUGUUGAACAGAAUCUCGCCAAAGAUUUUGGACGAAUUCUACGACAGAGAUAGUACCGCUGACAGAGAUGAUGAACAAGAAGAUAAAGUCGAUGAAAACUUGAUCGAUGCUUAA